CUGGAUCCAUUACCACUCUGCAACACAUUCUUUACGGCAUCUCCGUUCUCAUUCAUGCCCAUUUGUUGCUGAAUUUGUAACUGAAGGUCUGUUUACUAUUGUUGGUCAUUGUCCUUUCCAACAUCAAACUCUUUUGUGGCCGAUAAUUGACAUGCACGUCUCCUAACGAUCUUCAUUGACGCAGAAUCGAAGUAGACCUUGUACUUCAGCUGUCAGUUGCAACGAUAUGCACUCGUUGCUGUCAAAAACUAUGUGAUACCAACAUACACGAUUGCAUCGGCAGGAUAGCAGAGUUUUGUUUACUUAUUCUUUGCACAUCAUUGUUGUGGCAGUGUGGAAUACUGACAGGUUUCAAUUCCUGGAUUUGUCUGACAUGUUCCAGAUUAAGUGAUAGAACUAAAUCGUCUUCGAUUGCUGUCGACAGAAAUUGAACAUCAGAAUGAUAUAAUUUCCAGAGAUUAGUGGCAGGGUUUUUCUUUGGUGUUACUAUUGUUGGGUUACUGAUACCAUACAGGAGCCAGAGCAACUCGAGUGGAAAUUACAUGGAGAUGAGACUUCACUCGAAGAAGAGGAAACCUGCUUUGUGGACUGUGAUGGCCAUGAUGAUAGCGCAGCUGAUCUUUCAUCCUCGAAUGUGCACCGGGGGAGCGUUGCGACCGGGAUAUUAUGCUCAGACCUGUCCAAAUGCGGAGAAUAUUAUACGGGCGGCUAUGGAGUGGGGAAUGCAACAGGACAGUGGAACUGCGCCAGGCGUUCUUCGACUUCAUUUCCACGACUGCUUUGUAGAUGGAUGUGACGGAUCAGUGCUUCUCGAAGGACCGACAUCGGAGAAAACAGCACCUCCAAACUCCAGUCUACGAGGAUUCGAGGUAAUUGAUGCGGCAAAGGCAGAACUGGAAGCUACAUGUCCAGGAGUGGUCUCGUGCGCUGACAUUCUGGCAUAUUGUGCUCGCGACGCUGUAAUUAUGACGGGUGGGUUAGGAUGGCCUGUCGAAGCAGGUAGACUUGACGGUCGCUCUUCCGACGCUAGCAGAGCGAAUGCCGAGAUACCGGACCCAAGCUUCAACGUGGCCCAGCUCAUCGACUCAUUUGCUCGCAAGGGGUUGACCAGGAGUGACAUGAUUGUUCUCUCAGGCGCGCACACCAUCGGCCGCGCCAACUGCAAAUCCGUGGCGACCAGGCUCUACCCAGUCCAAGACCCCAGACUGAGUGAGCCUCUCGCCGCCGAACUGAAAUCUGGGUGUCCGCAGCAAGGAGGUAGUGCGACGUUCAACUUGGAUUCCACCCCAGACCGAUUCGACAACAACUAUUACGCCAAUGUUGUGAACGGACGCGGCAUCAUGAACUCCGAUCAGGUGCUGUUUGACGACCCCUCGACGCGCCCUGAAACCACGUUUAACGCCGUGGGUUCAGCGCCGUGGGCAUUCCGGUUCAGCCAAAUCAUGCUCAAAAUGGGAACAAUCGACGUCAAAACUGGUCCCCAGGGCGAAAUCCGCCGCAAUUGCAGGUCGGUUAACUAACAAAAUUCCAAGCUUGGGCAUCUUGCGCUUCGGUCUCGACAUCGCUUCAUUCCCCGUCCACUCACCACGAUCGCUACCGACACUGCAACACUACGUGAAAAACUAGCAUCCGCGAAGCAUGUCCGCGGUGUCGGCAGCAUGGUAUGUUUCGUGAUCUGCAUGUGUAGUUGUAUUUUAUCAUGGUGUACAGCACAUCGGAAGUUGUGCAGUAAAUUUGAUACACUUAUUAAUCCGGAACACCGAAUAAGGAGCAUUGUCUUGACGCUCAAUGGUAGAAAACUACCCCAAUAAAAAAAUAGUUAAUUUGUUGUAUUGUU